AUGGCUAUGAAAUAUGAAGAAAGAGGCAGUCCAUUCUGGGAGGCUGAUUGCUACCUGCAGAAAGCACAGGAUGCCAUAUCACGAAGUCUUCACGAACUUGCUUCAGUAACCAUUAAAAGUGACGACGGACAGAAUAAAUUUCUGAGACGACAGCGUCAGUCAUCAUCAGAUAUUCAUUCAUCUUCUACUUACCGAAAGAAUUCUUUUCCUUCUGCAUUUGUAUCUCAACAUGACAUAAGAAAAUUUCCACAGUCAUUCUCAUCAGAUGAUGACCAAUCGGCAAAUGCAGAAUAUUACAUGUCAUCACGUCGUAAGCGUUUUACACUUCAUCAGCGACGUAAUUUAACUGGUAGAAUUUCUGGAGAGCGUACAUCGAAAUCAACCUCAGCUUUAAAUAAAGUGCACAGGUCAGAAUCUACAACAAAUAGCAGUGAUAACGGCAGCAUCAUCAUCGAACGAAGAAAGCGAUCGACUCAGUUGACGACAAGGAGGAAGAGAGGUCAAUCGACAGCUGCAUGCAGUGCAAUAACGCCAGCGGAAGCAGCGUUUCUUUCAUUGAAGCGAAAUUAUGUUAAUUCCAGUUUGAUUACUCGGUCGAUAGCAGAAACUUGCUGCAAAUCAACUUCGACACAGCUAUUGGCAUCUAACGAACCUGUUGACACUAUACAGAAAUUUAAAGGACCAGCAGCUCGAAAAGCUCGUCGUCGUACACUUAGAUAUAAAUUGAAUUCAUUCACCAAUAAUGAACUGGAAACGAAAGGAGGAUCACAAACAAGAUUGAAUAAUACACAGUCGGGAAAAGCUACGUUUGUUCGACGUUCGAUAUCUGUCCGGGAGUUGAACGGAACGAUGAUCGAUUUUACUAAUCAAGAUUCUGUUACCAGGUGGACAUCACAAAUUCUUGCCGAAAUAGACUCAUUACCAUCCAGUAGUUUUGAUUUAACCGCACAAUCAAUUCCGCUCUCAUCACCUUUUAUCAGCACUGCCACUUCUAUCACUACUGAUAUUAUUACUACUGGUACUACUGAUGUUGAUAUCAUAUGUGCUGGCGAACCAGAAUGCGGUACUUUAAAACCAAAUAUUCAGUGUCCAUCAGAGAAUAACUCAGAUAUUUCAUUCGAAAUGAGUAUAAUCGAUUCAACAUUAUCAGCGCAGUCUCAUAAUAACAAACCACAAACUUGUCAUCGCACGCAGAAAGUCGAGUUGAAACCUAGUCGUUUUAUAAAAUUUCGGAAGACAAAUUCCUGGAAAAAAGAUAUCUGGCGUCAGUCAGCGGACAUUCCUGAAGCUUCCUGUACAGCACAUAUAGCACUAACAGCGCAACCAUCGAGUCGUCGCAAGCAGUCAGCACAUGCAGUUGUUAUCAGCGCACCGGAAAAUCCGGAAAGAUCAGAGAAGCUCCAUUUUUUAUCAUCAAAAUUCAGCAGCAAUAAUAACGAAAAUUUGCAAAGUCAUGCCAGUCUUAAAAGUGGAAGUGUUUAUGAAUCGUCACCUUUAUGGCGUUUCUUGUCACGUAAAAAAUAUCAGUCUUUCAAAAAAUAUCUAAAAUGGUAUCAGAAGGGUAUUCCAACGAUCAGCAUUGUUUCUGAUAUCGAAGUUUCGUUAUCUGGCAUGGAAAAUUCACCAGUAAUCACAAAUGACAAAAAUCAUCUUCCUGAAUGUAACUUACAACCAAAGUGGAGAAAUGAUGAAGUCGAAUCAAAUGGUGUCUUACCGGUAUCCAGAACUAAUUUAGCUUUAGCUCUGGAUGUAAAACCAUAUCAACGCUUCCUACGAAUGUCUAAUUCGGCUCAGGGAAAACUGCUUGAUUAUACAAUUUUAAACGAUGUGCAGUGGAGAAGCAGUAUUUAUGACGCUAAUGUGAAAAUUAAUAAUGAUGCAAGUAUCGGUAGCCGUACAUGUUUCUCGAUGGAAAGUAUCGAUUUGACAAAAGAGAGUGGAACAAAACAAAAGACAAAAGAGAGUACUGACGACAGAUUGAAAUUCUUGGGUGAAGCAAAGCGGAUUGAACUAUUUGAUGAAGCACCAUCUCCGGUUGCCAUUUGGAAACAAAGGGCUCAAUGUCGUUCACAGAAGUUGGAAACAUCUGAUGAUAUUGUUGAUGACACCAAAGAAGUAAAUAAUAGCAUCUCUUCAAAUUCGUCGUUAACAGCUGUUCAACAACCAGUUGAUAAAGCGGCAACUUUAGUUGCAACUCCAGUAUAUUUAAGUAGAGAUUCAAGUGAAAACAUUGAAGGAAGCAGUAAAUCGGUACACGGCAUCGUUGCGUCACUAAUACGAGCAGCGGAAGAGACACAUUUUCAGACACCGGAUAAACCUAAUUCAUUGAAUGUCAGUAAUAAAAAGUUUCAACAAGAACAGCCAUCUAUAACUACUACCACUACAACUGCUUCUGGACGACAGGAAAUUGGUACUCAGACGAGUCCUUAUUCAUUAUCCAGAUCUAGUUCCUUCGACUGGAUCAACGAAUCAUCCAUUGAGGAUCAGUACAGUGAAGAACUGGUCACUGCUUCAACAGAGUCUCCGGGAACUCCCGAGGACCCUGAAUAUUCUUUACUGAAUCGAAUUACGGAACCUUCUCGUAUCACUGACAGAGAAAUUCAAGGAAUGUUGCGCAAAAGUAUGGAAGCACGUAAUAGUCUGCUCGAGGAAAAGAAGACACAAUCAUCGGAAGAUAUUGAUGAAAGUAUAGCAAUGUUGUUGGAAUAUGCCGAGGAUUUGAAUGUUGUUUCAAAUCGAGUAUUGCAUUAUCCUGUUAUCAGUGAAAAUCUUACAAAGCAUGCAAACGAUAUUCGAAAUAAUGAUUCAGUUUUGUCACUUGAAAUUUCAUCCGAUAUUUCCAGAAAUAGGAUGCCAUCGACGAAUAAUCAAAAUGAAUUCUUCCGACAUUUUUCAUCAUCCACGGGUAAUAAUAAUGGUAGUGGUAGUGGUACCAUUAGCUUGGCUACUCAACAUACAUAUGUUGGCAAAGGUAAUUCACAGGGAUCAAUGAACGGUAGCAUAUAUGACAACGUAUCUCAUGGAAUUAAACAAAUUACAACACCUCAGGCAUCACUGUUAGCAAAUGUCAAUGCUACUGCAAUCACCACCUCUAAUAUUUCACUUCAGUUAUCUGGAAAAGAUAACAACAACGCAGCAAACCCAGCACCAAUAUCGACAAAAUUGAGUCAUGGUACUAUCUUAUCUCAUGACCCAAAAAUUCCGGACAAUUCAGCAUCACCGGAUGACAAUGCUAUUUCUCAGCGCGAUAUUAGUGUUAGCUCUGGCUUAGCUGAUAGCGAGAGUUCCCCGAUGACUCCAGGUGCUCCAACUGCUAUCGGCUUUCAUCAUAGCAGUAAGUGCAGGAAGCAACAGCCAAAUAAAACUAGAUCUCAGUUGGCUCAGAUAGAGAUAGAUUCAUCAUUUGAAAUGGACAUGGAUGGAAAGGAAGUUCGUCCACCACCACCGCCUUCUCCUCGUUUGGAUACGGAAAAGAAAACUUUAUCGGUGGUGCUAGCAUCUGAUUUGUUUGCCUUCAGUGCUGGACGUGUUCCGAAACGAGCCGAAAGCUGUGAAGAACUUGAUGUUGAUUUUACUGAACAGACGAGCGAUGAAUUAUAUGCGCUGAAGAAGCAGAAAGUCGAAGAAGAAGCAGUUGAAUGUGUUCGCUGGUUGCGUGAUGCUGGCUUUCCUCAAUAUGCACGACUUUAUGAAGAACAACGAUUUCCAAUAGAUAUUCGUUCAGUAAAACGAGAUCAUGAAUUUUUGGACGACGAUUCACUACGAGCUCUAUUCCGCCGUCUCAAUGCGCUCAAUCGAUGUGCUAUUAUGAAAGUCGAGAAUGUAGUACUUAGGAAACAUCCGGAACGGUUUGAUAUUAAUCCGCUGGAACCAGAUAUUGAUGAUGAUAUGACAGUCAUCAAUUAUGAUGAUGAUGAUGAUGAUGAUCAGGUGGCUAUUUCAAAUAAGUGGAAAUAUCAACGUAAUUCUCAAACCUGGUCUAGGAUUGUCCAAGAUGAUGAUACUGCUGUUACAUUCAGUGACACUGGUGGUAAUAUUUGGCGGUCCAGCGAGGAAGCGGUUUCCAGUGCUGAGCUUGACGAGGCAUUGCGAAUGUCAUUCGGUUAUGGACAGAAUCCAAGAAGACAACCGGAUGGCGCCUCAUGUUUCAGCGAUGUUGUUUAUGACAGGAAAAAUCAGCACGAUGUUACUACCAAUCCAGUUAUUGCCAGAAAUGAUCGGAAUUGUCCCGCAGUCAGUUCAUCAUCACCAACAAUGGCGACAGUAAAUUUGCAGCGGUCUCAAAGUGAAAGACUGAAGGAACGUGCACGAGCGCUAAUAAAACGUAUGGAUAUACGAUCAUCCAGCAGACGUCGCCGACAGCGUGAUUCUUCGGUGGCUGAUUCAGAAUUUCGCAUGGCAAGCAGAGUUUCGCAUUCAUCUCUCUCAUCAGCCACGACAUCGUCAUCACUAUCAAAAGCUGUUUCAAAUGUGGCUAGUAGAGAUUUAGUAAUUGGUGAUCCGGUGCUUGUCUCGCACUUCUCGGCCAGUCCACGGACUAUGCGUAUGUUCCCUGAUGGCUUAUCCAGUAUCCUCUCAUCACAGGCUGUCACACCACAAAUGCUGAAUCAGUUUCGUCGCCGUACUGCUGCUACAGCAGCGGACGAUCGUCCAUCUGAUGGAGUAACAUUUGCCGUGUUGCAACCAACUAUGCAACAACAACAACAACAACAACAGCGACAACAACAACAGCAGCAUCAGCAGAUGAUAUCUGACUGCGAGACGGGAUCUCCACAGUACAGUUGUUUUUCCUCACCAUCCUCCCGAAUUAGAACACGUUUUUUAGGUGCAAGUAAUCGACGUAUGGGUAUGGUACUUGAUUCUACCGGAUCAUCUGUUACCAGCAGUCAUCAACGUCAGGAACUGUUAUGUCGUAACAAAGCAUGUGAUAUGUCUUUCGACCGGGCUUUGGUACGUGAGUUAUCACAGCACGAUCACAAAACACGAAUUUACGAUCGAGUAGCCCAGGAUUUGUGUUCUGACAACACUGAUUAUGCUAGUCCAAGAUGUGGACCGGUUAAUUUAGAAGCAACGGCUUGUUAUGACAGACGUUCCAGAAUAGCUCAUUAUGAAAGAGCAUCAUCAUCAGAGCACUGCUGUGCCAAUAGCACGACCUUCUCUUCGUUAAUAAGAAACGGUGUGCAGUUUUCGGGUGAUGUUCUUUCUGAUAAUUCACUGAAAUCUGAUGAACUGAGGAGUCUUCCUAAACAGAAUUUGGACCGCGAUCGAGAUCUGGCACCGGCACAGUUAUAUGCUCGUUCUAGACUAGUUGUCAAUGCCGAUGGUUACUAUGAACAUAUUCCUUCAAAUGAUAUUCAUGAUACCUCGUUUGAACUGGAAGCGUUCUCAUCAAAUGAUUCAGUUACUGGUAGUGUUGCUGGAGCUGGUACCUCAGGAGCGACGGUAUCCGUUACUACAUGUCAUCGCGCGAUAUCACCAGAAUCAUCCUCCUCCAAUACAAGUAUCUCUAAUCAUGCUAGUCGCUUAAAAGCAGAAGUUGAUGGUCGAGGUGGAAAAAGGCUUGGUUGUGGUAGCAGUUCUUCAUUAUUCAACACAGUUAGAGGUAUGUCAGCGCAAAGGUCACAUUCUAGUUUAGAAAGUAGUGGGAAUGACGAUGAAUUAAUUUCACGGCAACAGAAGUCAGGCAGUGGUGAACGACGUGAUUCUGGUGUUGGCUCAAGUCUUUCUAGGUCACCCAGUGGGCCAACAACGCAAAGACUGCGAAACUCAUUGCUGUUUACAACGUUGCAUCAUCCAGAAAUGAAGUCUAAACAUUUAUCACCCAGUUCGUUGGAUGUUUGUUCUACUGAUUACAGCGAAACAUUUAUUGGUGACGCUGAUUUGGCACAUUGCGUAGAUGCUCUGAGUGUAGGUGAAAUGCAACAAAUACGCAAGUUGGCAUUCCUUAAGCUAUCAGUGUUGAUUGAAACAUAUGCUGGAAGCGGUAUUAGGAUUGGUAUUGCAGCUGAUAAUAAUGGUAGUGGCAGAGUGAGCAAAAGUUGGGCGGUACACAAAUUUAUUAGACGAAUGCGCAACAAUGACACUGUUAAUGGAAGCAGUAAAUCUAGUGGAACAGAACUUUCAACCUUUGGUUUACCGUUAGCAAUCAUCCAAAGUCGUUCUGGUUUUGCAUUACCUCGAUUUAUCUUGGAAAUGAUGCACUUUUUACGUAUCUUAGCCCCAGAUACUGUUGGGAUAUUCCGGAAAAGCGGUGUUCGUUCACGAAUUACCGAAUUACGAAUGCUUUGUGAUGUGGCACCAGAAGCAGAAGUUUUCACAGAUGGGAAACUUGACCCAUCCCAGGUGCACGACGUAGCCGAUCUUUUAAAACAGUACUUCCGUGAAUUGCCUGAACCCCUGAUGACCGCCAAAUAUUCGGAAACGUUCGCUAGGAUUUUCAUACAUAUUCCGAUGGAAAUGCGUAUAGAAGCCCUUCAGCAUGCCGUUUUGUUGUUACCUGAUGAGCAUCGGGAAGCUCUACAAACUCUGCUUUAUUUUCUUCAUGAUAUUGCUAAACAUUCUGCAACUAAUAGUAUGACGCCGCAAAAUCUGGCUGUAUGCUUUGCACCGUCAUUAUUUCAGUUAUGUGGUUCACGUUUGAGUAACAUCAGUCCGACAAGACGUCACAAAACGAUUGGAGCAGCAGGAUUACCGACAGAGCGUGAAAUUAAGGAGUCACGGGCUGCACAAGAAUGUCUCGUGCAAAUGAUUGAGCACUGUACCAAAGUAUUUAUCGUUCCGACUAGUCCUAGAUUGGAGCGUGACGAAGGUAGCAAGUACUGUAAAGGCACUGAACCGGAUGCACCAUUUCUGACUGAACUUGGUUUGUCCCAAGAUGGAAAUUAUAAAACAUACUUAUUACAAAAAGCGAGAGAGCUAUUAAAGGGACAUCGGGAUCGGUGGAAAGGUUGGAUUGUUGAGGGCACAGUGGAUGGUGUUGAAAUUUCAACCAAAAAAUCGACGGAUGGUCAUCCAUUGCGCUUCUUCCGCGUUUGGGUUGACAUUGAAGCACCACCUAGGGAGAUCCUCAUUAGGAUUGUUCGAGAAAGGAAUGUUUGGGAUCUUCAAAUUAUCAACUGGAGAACAGUGGCAGUAUUGAACGCCGAAAAUUGUGACGUUUUCCAAUAUGUUAUCAAUGAUACACCAUCACAUCCUACUCGUGACGCUACAGUGGUCAGGUUGUGGCAUAAGGAUUUAAAAGAAUUACGUGGUGGUUGUGUUCUGGUAGAGCGUUCAGUACAUUCCAGUGAAACGCAAAUGUUGGGUGGCAUUUCUAUUGCUGUGCUAUCAUCACAGUUUCUCGUUGAACCAAUAGCUGGUCGUUCCCGUGUCACCUAUAUCACGAGGACUGAUUUAAGAGGACGAAGUAAUAUUUGGUACAGUAAAGUAUAUGGACAGCUCAUAGCUCGACAACUUUCACGAUUGCGUGACUCAUUCAAACAGUUUACGCAUGUCGAUGAUGGGCCUGAAACGAAAGUUUGA